AUGGCGCAGACUCAGUCUCACCAGCUCCCUCCUCGCACCUUUUCUCCCCCUGCGUCCAGUCCCUCCCCUGGUGCCCAGCAGGCAGCUUCGAUGCCAGGUAGCAACGCUCCCCCUCCGCCCAAAAGACAGCGUCUCUCGCCUCUGCCGCAGUCAUCCCAGCCGUACAACUCUCCUCACUUCGCGCCAGUGCAGCUGUCUGUGAACGGGAGCUCUGUGAACGGUAUGGCAAAACAGACACCGAAUGCGCCCCCGCCACCGGGCUCGAUGGGGCCCCCUUCACGCCCGGUAGAGAAGGCCACGGAUACAGCUGAGCUUACCGACGUGCUCGCCUCAUCCGGUAUAGACGUAAAAGAGGAGGAAGCCUUCUUGACCAGCGGGUACGGAAAGCCGACAAACCAGGCACAGACCGCCCAGCAAGCGCAACCUCACGCCAUCUCACAUCCCUCGCAACCACCCCGACCACAAUCUAGUUUCUCCAACUCGUUCAAUUCCCUACCAACUGUGGGGACCGUGACCCCGGCAAACAGCUUUUCCGAACAGACACCCAAACAGCCCGUCCUUCAGCCCGCAGCUUAUUCCCAGCAGGCACCAACCGUGGUUCCGCCUGCCAAAUCACCGGAAGAACUGGCCCAGGAUGAGAAACUACGCCAAGAUACCGCUGCCAGCAGGAGAGAGCAGUACCAUCUCCAGGCCGCCUUUUUACACACGGCUGUGAUGGAGAAGAAGCUCGAGAAACGCGCUCUGGAACACGGAGUUAGGAUGCCCAUGAGCGGCGUCUUCAGACCCCUUCCCGGGCGCCCAACCGGACCAGUCGAAGUCACUGGCCCGGAUGGCUCGUCCGUCAUCCGAAGAGACCAGACCAUUCUUAACCCAGAGUCCGCGCUGGGUGACAUCAUUUCAUUGCUCUCCCUGGCUUCGGAAGAACGACUUAGAUCCGUAAUCGAUCACUCUGUCACACUCUCGAGAAACCGGCGAGUGAAUUCCCACGGUGCUGUAUCACUGGAAUGGGCCGAUUUGGCCUCCACGCCAGAGCAACCUGGAGACAAUGCUGCUGUGAUAAAACCUGACCAACCCUCCACGGCUGAAAACACGGUUAACAAUGCUGCCACAACAGCGAAGAGAACUACACCAAAUGCUUUAACAUUGAAAAGCCGUCGACUGAUUGAUAGGGACGAAUCACACGAAGAACGUCGGGCUACGAAACGUGCGAAACGCAAUGCGGAUGCCAUUCUUAGUAACGAUGGCCGGCUGCCCACACCGGGGGCAGCUACACCAAAUGGCCUUCAGAGCGAACGUGCUCCGGAUAUUGAUAAGAAGAUAUCCAAGAAAGAUAUCAAAAAGAUUGACGUCAAAGCUACUGGCGCAGUACAACACCAGCAUGCAAUCGAAACUGCUCGCAUGCAGACCAAUAGCCUCUCUUCCAGGUUCGGUAAGAAAGGAGGCUACAGCUGGUUAAAGUCUUCACAGCCGGCGGCUAGUAGAAGCGGGUUCUCGACCCCUUCUCGACUUAACACAGUGACAGCUGCUGGAUCAGCCUCAGGAGUCACCGGAAGGCCAGGUUCUACGGCAGUCGGGGUGAAGGGUAUUCGCAGGCAGUUCGGCGAUUGGCGAGAGGACAAGGAGAAUGGAGCUGGAAUCCAAAUUCGAGAUAUACUCUUCACGCUAGAAGUGGAUGGCAGGAGCCUGAAGCAUCUACAAAAAGCCUAUUCAAAGGAUGCAAAGGAGGAUACCGCUGUCUCCUGA